AUGCCUCCAAAUUAUGUUCAACCAAGGGAGAAGCUUAGAAGACUUUUUAUUAAGAUCACAUGUAGGAGAUGUGGUCAAAGUGGCCAUAAUAGGGCAACUUGUGACAGACAGAGCUCAGAAAAUCAACAGGCAAAUGCAUCUUUUGCCCAAAAAGAGGUCCACACUGAAGGAGGGGUAGUUAGAGUGAGGGGCAGAGGACGAGAAAGAGGAAUAGCCAAUGUGGCUCCAGCUGUGGCAAGUGGUAUAAGAGGUUGGCCAAGAAGUAUGCUAAGAGAUAUGGGAAGAGGGUUGGCUAGAGGAACAGGAAGAGCCAAUGAGGCUUCAGCUGUUGCAACUGAAGUUGCUACUUCUUCACAACAAAGUUCCUCUUUCUUUCGUUGGCAAGAGGUGUGGGAAGAGGAAGGGCAAGAUGUUUGGCAAGAGGAAGGGCAAAUACACCAUUGUCAUAGUCAGCUGCACCUACACAAGAGAGCUCAAAUCCAUCUUCAACUUCUGUCACUGCCCAACCUGGUUCCAUAUUCGAACUUCCAGCUAUUAGAGGGGGCACAUUCAAAAGGGCUGCUAUUAGAGGGGGGAACAUUCAAAAAGGCUGCUAUUGGAGGAGGAACAUUCAAAAGGGCUACUAUUGGAGGAGGAACAUUCAAAAGGCCUACACAAGUUCUAUCACAACCAUAUUGA